GAUCUGAUGCGAAGAAGCUUCUGGAAGUGAGUAUUCCAUUCCUAUAAUUUCCUCUUGAUGUCCGAGUCUCCGCACUGGUUCCACAUUCGCCGCCCCUUCCCUUCCAGAUCCCCCCGGCCUCCGCCCGCUAGAUGGCUUCUUCCACCCCCACCUCUCCUCCGCCGCCAGAGUCUCCUGCCGUCGUCGACCGGGGAGCGCCGACGUCUCCAGGCUCUGAUGCUGAUGACAAUGACGUUGUCACCGAAGCUGCAGCAUUUGUGCAUAACGAACCUCUGCAAGAUGAUAUUGAUAUUCCAAAAGUUGAAUCAGAUAUGGAUAUCCUUCAUGAGAAUGUCAAGAAACAAAUUAUUAAGGAAGGCCAUGGUGGAAAGCCACCAAAGCUGUCGACUUGCUUCUUUCAUUAUAAAGCAUGGGCUAAAAGCACUUCACACAAGUUUGAAGACACAUGGCAAGAGCAGAGGCCUACAGAAAUCAUAUUGGGGAAAGAAAAGAAAGAAAUGGCUGGUUUAGCCAUUGGUAUUGCUAGCAUGAAGAGCGGAGAACGGGCACUACUGCAUGUAGGUUGGGAACUGGGCUAUGGCAAAGAGGGAAGUUUUUCAUUCCCAAAUGUACCUCCUAUGGCAGACCUUAUCUAUGAGGUUGAACUUAUUGGCUUUGAUGAGGCAAAAGAAGGAAAAGCCCGAAGUGACAUGACAGUGGAAGAGAGGAUUGAAGCUGCUGAAAGAAGGAAGGUGGAAGGGAAUGAUUACUUCAAGGAAGAAAAUCUUGAGGAAGCGAUGCAACAAUAUGAAAUGGCAAUAGCUUAUAUGGGAGAUGAUUUUAUGUUCCAACUGUUUGGAAAGUAUAGGGACAUGGCCUUGGCUGUAAAGAACCCAUGCCAUCUAAACAUGGCUGCAUGCCUAAUCAAACUUAAACGUUACCAGCAAGCUAUUGGUCACUGCACCAUUGUGUUGUCAGAAGAUGAGAACAACGUGAAAGCUCUAUUUAGACGAGGAAAGGCCAGGGCAGAACUUGGUCAGACUGAUGCAGCAAAGGAGGACCUCGAGAAGGCAAGGAAACAUGCCCCACAGGACAAGGCCAUCAUCCGAGAGCUUCACUUGCUAGAUGAACAUGACAAAGCUAUUUAUCAAAAGCAGAAAGAGAUCUACAAAGGGAUCUUUGGCCCCAGACCUGAACCCAAACCAAAGAGCUCAAAUCGGCUGGUCUUAUUUUGGCAAUGGCUUGUUGCUCUUAUUUGUGACUUACUGAACUUCCGAAGGGGCAAGGAAGACUAAAACUGUUCAAUAUCGUUAAAUGUUGUGCUCCACUGUACUUCUGAACAAUUUUUCUUGCAGACAAUGGAAAAACAACGCUGUUGCUAUUGGAUGAUCGAA